AUGAUACAUGAUCCCGAAUUACCUAAUGUCGGAAUUACUGGUAAUGUGGUAUUACGUUUAGCAAAAAUUAUACCCAAACGAUUCUUUUACAAAAUUUCUUUCGACAAUUGGUUUUCAACCGUGCCUUUAGUAACUGAAUUAGAAAAAUUAGGAAUUCAGCGUGUUGCAACUGUGCGGUCAAACCGACUAAAGAACUGUGAGUUUUCGUCCGAUAAAGUCACGAAGACUAAGGGCAGAGGAAGUUCUGAGAUACUCUCUACAUCUAUUGACAGAGUCACCAUAAAUACGUGCGAAGUUGAACCAUUAGAUAUAGUGAAAAGGUGGGAUAAAAAAAUAAAAAGAAUGAUCGAUGUACAACGACCAAAUAUAGUGAAAAUAUACAACCAACACAUGGGUGGUGUAGAUUUGCGAGAUUACUCAUCGUAUUCUGUGAACCCCGGGCGUCAGUAUAGUUUAUUGGAAUUUAAAACUGACACUGCAUCUUGUUUAUGUCAGGAGCACAAAGAAACCCCGAAGAAAAGAGGGCGUCCUGCUUCAAAUGAGGUAGAUAAACAAUUGCAAAAUAAAAGAAAAAAAAAACCAAAUACAACACUACCUGUACAAAACGUGCGAAAAGAUGAAGUGGCACAUUGGCCAAUUUUUUCGGACAACAGAGGACGCUGCAAAAAGUCCGGAU